GGCAGCCCCGGGGGCCUUGGGGCGGAGGUGGUCGGCCCCCGGCCGGGGCUCGGAUGGCCGACGACGAGGGGGACGACGACGACGACGACGAGGAGGAGGAGGAGGAGGAGGAAGAAGAGGGGGGUCCCGGUCCGGGGACGACGUCCUCCCCCCCACCAUGAUGCCCGGGGAGACGCAGUCCCUGAGGGCCGGCACCGCGGCGGACGCCUCGGGCUGCCAGGGCUGCUCCGCGCUGCACCAGAAUUUAAAUGAAUAUGUGACUGCGUUAAUCACCCUAAAGCAAAAAAUAAUUGAUACGGGAAAUCUGCUGGCAGAAUAUCAACAUAAAUGUAAUGAGCUGCAAUUUGCCGAAAGAGAAAACAGCACACUUCGUCACCAAGUAGAACAGAUGCUGGAAAAAAUUUCCCCUCUGGAGAAAUGUCAGGAGGAACUGGGAUGCUUGAAAGCAGAGCUGGAAGAGAAAAAGAGUACACUCAAGUUAUACCAGGAGACUCAUCUGGAAUACACACGUGUGAAAGAAGAAUGCCUACAAAGUGAUAUUGUGAAGAAGAAACUGGAAGCCAGAGUGAAAAAGCUGGAAGAGGCUGCAGUAAAACAGACCCAGGACUUCAAGCAAUUGAAAAUGGAAAAGAAAAUUCUUGAAAAGGAGCUUAAGAAGGCACAGGAAAAAAUAGAGGCAUUUCCCAAGCAGAAGAAUAAAAAAGUGCUGAAACAUACAGGAACACAAAGCUCCAGUGAUGAUCCAGUUGCAAACUUAGAUAAAAAAAAAAUAAGAUUGUUACUGAAAGAACUCUGGCUGUGCAUUGACUCCACCUCAGAGACCCUGCAGCCUGAGGAUGAAGAAUGCAUCCCAGCACCUUCCUUCGAAGAACUUUCAGCAACACCAGAAAAGAAAACUAAGGCUUUGAGUCAGGAAGACAAGGCGGCCAAAGAACAGCGAGAAUCCAGGAAGUCUCCUGAUGACUGUGAAGCGCCUCCACACCAGAGCAGUCCCGUAGAAAGCCUAGAAAUGCAGACGUGCUUAACAACACUGUCAAUGGAAGUAGACCAGGAACUUCCCGCCUUGGACUUCUCAGCCGAUGACAGGAUCAGCGAAGAGGACUGCAGUAUGGAAAUUGCUUUUCACGAGGACAACAGGACGGAGCCUGGGAGGACAGAAGAGGCGCAGGACAGAUGUUCUGACUUCCCGGGUGAAACACCCAAACUCACUGAAGAGGAGCUACAAGUAAUCUUGAACUGGGUCACACCCCCACCCCUUUUGUCUCCGGUGAAAUCGUUGCCACGGUUCACGCCAGACACGUUGUUUGGAGACCUUUCGGAUUCCAGUGACGACGAAAUAUCUCAUAGCGCACAAGCUGUUGAAUGUAUUUUAGAAAACAGUCCAGCCGAAUUCCAGAAUUCACGUGACCUCAGCAGUGUAGAAGAGGAAAGUAAACACUGGGGUGAAGGGCCUGAACCAAUCCCAGGAAUAGUGAGCCCAAGUAAACCGGAUAAGAAUGAUGUCACACCUGGAGCGUACGACAGUUUGACAACAGAAUUAAGACUUUGUAGUGAGGACAGAAUGGAAUCAGAGCAAACAGAUUCGAUAACUUACACCAGAACUAGCGAAGAACAUCCGGCAAUGCCAUCUGAAUGUGUAACGGAUGACAAGUUGGGGACAUCAGAGAAGAUAGAAAGCGAAAUGGCAGAAACAGUCCAGGAGGUGAAUCUCAAACCAGUGCAAGUCGAAGAAACGGCCUGUGCAAUUGUUUGGUCGUCCCCUGGCACUGAGUGCCUGCAGCAGGCGACCAGUGACCCAGUGCUAGCGGUGGAGGCUGCCACUUCACAUACAGAUCUGUGUAGCCCUAAUCGUAGCCAGGAAAGGUUCAUUCAGCCAUCUGAGUCUCAGGGGGAGAGUGUGUCAACUAACGAACAAGUGUCCAAAUCGAAACUUGAUAAACAAAUGGAAAUCGCCUGUCUCAGUGAAAAUGUGUCGACAGCCCACGAACAUCUCCGGAAAGAAGGCAGAGAGGCAAUGAGUGAAAAGGGAGAAAUGAAAACGCCCAGCCAUAAAUCAGAGCCCAGUUUACAAGAUACCAGUGAAUCAGAAGAAAGAGAGGCCGCCAUUAGAACAAAUAACACUGUGAAGGAUCUUUCGUUUUCCUUUGCUGCCGAUGCUUCUUCGUCGUUUAACUCCAGUGAUUUCAAGAGUCAGGAUAAUGAGUUCACUUAUCAGUCCAGUAAGGAAAGCACAGUAAAACAGUUCGUUGUUACAGACUCUGUUACUGAGGCCAACCUUGGUGAGAUCUCACAGGUAGAACCAGAAACUUGUGAGCCAGUUCAUCAGUCUCAAAAUUUGUCCACAUUGGACGGGCAGUCUGAGCCUUCAGCGGGUUCUCGAGGUGAAAGCAAAUUGCAGCUCAACCUGCAGGCUUUGAAGCCUGGAUCAGGGCCGACACACCCAGACCAAAAUAGCACAGAGCCGGAGGACGCUGGCAUUACAAGAGACCGGACCGAAGUGCGACCAAGCGAUCGGUCGGGAUGUGGAGCCAGAAGUGGUGAACAAGAUAAAAUUGAAGAUCAGAGGAUUGGGGUUAAUGAAACUCUAUUAGAAAAUCCAUCUUUAAGUGACUCUCUUAGCAAUUUGGUCAAGUGUGAUCAUAGUUUUGAAAUAUACAAAUCACGUAGCAAUGAAGAAACCGAUCAGCUACUGAAGAGAAAUAUUGAAAGACCAGAAGCCGAACCAGUCAGCGAACAAGAAGUUUUGAAGUUAGAACUGAAGUCUACCUUCGAAGGCGCAAGAAUAUCACCUAAAUUAGAAUUUCUUGAAGGAGAAAAUGAUCCCAUAGAACUGAAGGAGGACUUACUCGUAGCUAGCCCUAACCAUAGGACUCUGUCAUUAUCCCUCGAAACAAAUCUGAGAUCAGACAGUGAACAGAAAACAUCUGAAAAAAAGCCAGUUGUGGAACUUGAGUCUCUAAAAUCGUGUGGUAGGCAAGUUAAUAUUCAAGCUGAACAAAUGUCACCCGAACCAAAGAGUGUCAUAGAGGAAAACGACCCACCAUUAGAAAACAAGGAAAUAGAUGCUAUAAAGCGUGCCACAUCAGAGGUCGAGCAAGCUACUUCAACCUGGCCACAGUCUGAUUUGAAGGCUUUUGCUGGUUUCCUAGCCGUAGAAAAUUCCACGUGCGCAACAGCCAGAGAAUCACCGGUCUCUUCUGAAGGAGUCUCAGUUCAAAGCCAGAAAAGCCAAACGUCAGAAAUGUUUGUCCUGCAUGAUGGAGAGAAGCCAAAUCAGCCUUGUAGCACCACGAUUCUGACUACCUCAGAAGUGGGUGUUGAUGAAGAUCCCCAGCAUUGUAUAACUGGGACAUGGGAGGAUGGCAAGGCUUUAGAGGAAAGAGACCCUGGGGGUUCAGUAAGUUUGGGAGGCGAAGCUCAAACGGUAUGCCCCGACUUCGUAUCUCCGAGAACGCCCCAGAUCCAGAAUGGACUUCUGCAGCAGAAAUGCAGAGUUUCUGACCAAGCUGAUACGGGUUCUUUUUUCGGGUGCUUUAAAACAUUUUCUUCCCUAAGUAAAGAAAAUGGCAGAGACACAAAUUCCGUCAAUCACUCUUUGCAGUUUCCCAUGGCUUACCGGCAAGCAGAAUGUGCUAAUGUUAAAAAAGUGACACGUGAGCCACUCGGUCACGCAAGUGAAAGUAACAUUGAGAAAGAAAUUGAGAGUGAGAGCGAGCAAACUGUUCUUGCCGUAGAACCACAAAAGCAACAGACAGAAGUUGCGAAUGAAGAUACCGAUAUACAUGUGGUAAAACGAAAGCGUUGGCCAUCCACGGAAAUCGAAUCUUUAACGUCCGUGCUGGAAAAUUUUAACCUGAAUGCUGCAUCUGAGAGCAGUGGAUUUUCAGCGGUGGGAGAAGAGUGUGACAACGAUCCUGUAAGGAAUUAUACAGCGGGGAACUCUACGGUAGAAAGUGCUGAUGAAGAAAGGGUGACCUGUAAGGAAGGGGAAAAAGAACUGAAGGAAGAUGAGGUGAUAUCUGGAGAAAAAAAUGGAAGCCAACUUUGGGAAGAGUCUUCUGAGGCUACCAAGGAAACGAGUGAAUCUGAAGAAGAGGUUUAUCCCUUAAGAAAAGUCAGGAGUAAGAGCCAGCCUACUCAGUGUUUUGUCGGGGCCUCACUUCAGACACCUACCCGAGAAGAUGCACCAAGAAUUGAGACCAAUUUCAAGAAUCCCGCUGGCAGCAAAUCUGGAGACUCCACUCUUACGAACACAUGCAGCAAUCUGGCAAGGGAAGAGUUUCAAGGCAUCUUUCUACCUUGUGCCGUGGCUAACUCUUCUUCAUCAGAUGCCGCAGAUGAGCUACCACCAGUGGUGGAAAAACUUGAUCGUAAAAACGGUCCUCCCGCGGUUGAUGGGGUCAUCAUUGAAACCACCCAGAGAGCACCAGCACCGAUGGAAAACCUCCGUCAUAAAAAUGGCCCUCCCGUGCUCGGCGGGGUAAACAGUGAAACGACCCAAAGAGAAGAACACAAACAAUGCUCAGCCGCACAAAGGGGAGCUAGUGAUGGAGGAAACGUUUCGUUCGAGUGCACGGAAUCUCCAUUAGAGACGUCGGAGACGUUAGUACAGGACCCCACAGAGAAUGAUACUGAUGGGUCAGAAAAUAUCCAACUGCAGGAUCAGGUGUCAGAGAUGGACGCCGAAAUUGUAAAUCGAUGUGUUGUGAAGAACGGAGAAUUGGAUCUAGGAAUCAUAGAGUCUGGCAGCCAGAGGUUGGUAAAUGGCGAACUCCUCGAGUCAGAAAUGGACCAGACCGAGGCACGUGCGACUCCUGCAGAAGACCCUAAAGCUCAAAAUAGUAUUUGUCCAGAAGAUGAUCUCGCUUCCCAGAAGCUCGACCAUCCUUUAAUGUCUCCGGAAAGUUUUUCCAGAAGUGGUAAAAGCACUGUUUCCAAAGAAAGCUGUUUGUGGAAUCUGCUACCUACGUCUGGGGAAAUCUCCGUCCCUCGAGAACAGAAUUUAACUCUUGAGUCCCAGAGCAUUGAAUUCGAUAGUAGAGACGAUAUCUUAGAAUUGGAGACGUUCGGCGACUCAGCGUGUAUAAACAAGAAACAGUCAAAUCUCCCGAAUGGAAAGUUGCCAAAUCCGUCGGCAGAGGUUUCCACCAAGGCAAAACCUGAACAGGGGAGGCCUCCUCAGAAAUUAUCGCAAAGCAGAUGUAAAGCGAAACUUCAACAGGGUCAUGUAACCCAGCCGGUUUUAGCAAAUGCCGAUACUUCUACACCUACAAAAUGUUCUUCUGAUGUGAUCAACAGAAUAAGGGAAGAGAUAGGUCCACCUCUGCCUCCUCUGCUGCCCCCUUUACUGGAUACACCCCCGAGAGCUCUGCGUCCAGUUUCCCCUAUAAUGUCAACUUCCAGUCAGUCCUCGCUACCGUCACCUCUUGAUGACUUGAUUUCCCCGUUACGGGACACGCCAGUUCCUCCGCUCAUGUCUCCGCUGCCAGAUGAUCCUCGGUACAAAUCGCCUCUGUUCGCUAGUCCGUCGCCCUCGGAUGCGUUAGCCGGUCGAAGGAUCCUGACGUCCCCCUUGCAGUUUUGUGCUGCCACGCCGAAGCACGCCCUCCCUGUGCCUGGAAGACUUCCUCCGUCUGCGGUGGGCAACUCUGCGCCCGGAAGGCCGCAGGAGAAUUCUGUGAAGAUCCUUGACACCAUGUACCCGGAAUUAUCUGCCAGAGCAAGAACGCUCAACAUCCUCAAAGGCAACAUUCAGCUGAGUAGAUGCCCCCAGUCCAACUGCAAAAGUUUACCGGGGUCCGUCAACCAGAUCACGGGAUUCAAAGCAAUCGCUUCCACGUCCACGGCGUUCGUUAAAACGGGAAGCAGCGCCAAUGCCGAGAGCAGCCAAGAGCAGUCGGCGGACACGGAGAGUCAGUCCACAAGGUCGCAGGGGUGUAAAAGGGCAUCAGUGUCCACAUCAGUUCUGCGAAGCGCCAAGAGGCUGCGUCUAGACAGCGAGUCGCCCGAAGCGGAGAACGUUAUGGGUGAUGUUCCCGCGGGAAUCACCGGAGACCUCCCAGCGGAGUCCUCUCCAAUUGAAAGCCAGGUGACGUGCGACGGUGAGACCGGUGGCGAGCCAGCAGACAACUCCGCUAGCGAGUCGCCUUCACCGACCGAAGAGACGGCCGAGCCCUGCGACGAGGGCGUGACUACUGCGCUGAAGAAAAUCGCCGAAACGUGCUUUGAUCUCUUGCCUGUCAUUUCCAGCCAUGUGUAUGUGGGAAACAUUUCGAGGAAGCCGGUGAUGAGAGAUCAGGAGAAAGAAGUUGUCUCUGAAUUCGCAAUCACGAAGAAGCAUUUAGCAGAACCCUUGCUUCACGCGAUCCUCUCCGAACUGAAAACGCAGAAGCCGUCUCCGGACCACAGUUACGUUCAUGCCCUCUGCAGGGUGUAUGUCGGGAUCUGCAGGCAUCUCGGAGACUUGGAAAGAGCUCGCCUGUUCUGUUACACCCUGCUUAAGGAAGAUUUUCCAGAAUCUGAGAAGUUAACUUUGUUCAUUGCAAGCACGUGGCAUGAUAUAUUUAUCUUCCAAGGAGUGCUUAACAAAGCCAUCCAGCUUGUUGCCCGGCAACGUGCCCGAGGAGAGGUUCUGAACUGCUUGAGUGCUUAUCUCAACUGGGAGAAGAACUCCUCCUUGGAUGUCGGUAUCAUGAUCUCCAGUCUGCUUUUGGCAAUACAGCUAUGUCCUAAAAUGGAAUUUCAGUUAAGAGAAAAAUUUGGUGAAGACCUAAGUGAUAGCACUUGGGAAUAUAUAUUUGCUAUUGAUCUACUUUGCUGUCAUCAGAAAUGGGUUUGGACACAUGAUAAUAUUGUAAGUAAAGAGCUAUGGCCAGUCAUGGAUACGUGGAUCCGGCACCGAAAGGGAAACACGAACACUACGUGCCCUCCGGAUAUUAUCGUGGCGUCAAUACUCAGACUGAUCGGCCGCUUAGGCCAACUAGGAUUAAAAGAAGGCUAUUCUUUUGCUGUGAAAAACAUCAGUAGAGUCGUUGGUACUUUUAUAAAACAUGCGUCUGAAGAAGCCGUACCCUGGGGUGUGCAGCUGGCAGCGGUCUAUGCUCUUUGCGAACUGAGUCCCAGCAACCCAUCGGAAGCAUUUGACGUGUUAAACUCCUGGAGCGUGGGGGCUGCAAAGAGCAUCCCAUCCGCAGUCAGCGGCUGCAUGGUUGAAAUCAGCGAGAUGCAAGCCAUAGAACGCGCUUAAGCCGCCCAGGACUGCUCUGCCCACAGAAGUGCCUUUUUGUCUGGAGGAGAAGAGAGGGUUGUGCCAUUUUACAAGAUGCCCAAGGAUAAAAGCAAUAUCAAGAAGGACACAGCCAGGAGUACCGCUCCCUAAUCGCUGGGGUGGGAGAAGGGAAAGGCUGGUGGCAUUAUUUGCCUCCCUCCCCUUCCCACCCCGGAGACAUUCUAGUUACACAGUUGUCCCAUGUAACUUCUAUGUGCAUUUCGUGUGAGCCCUCCACCCCCUGUAAAUGACAGAUGGGCUGAAACGACGCAUUUCGGGUGGCUGAGGAAAACCUGAACUUGCCCUUUUUGCUGCAGAAGAUGCCCUUUUGUGUUUUUUUAAACUACGCGGUAUUUUAAAAUCGACGCACAAGUUACGAAAGCUUUAGGUUGUGGAGCCAGAGAUCUCUCCGGGCUGUGCCCUUGAGACGUGGACUAGAAGUGUCUUCCUUUAAGCGAGCCGCACGGACUGCUUAAAACACUGUGUCCGUGGGUUUUUAUUUAGGUGGGUUUUACCGGCUGGCCGUGGGCUGAGCCGUCGGAGAAGACUCAGUUUCUGUCCAUUCAUAGAGCGACUUCAGUGGCUUCCUAUCCAUCAGGACAGUGGCAUCUCGGCAGUAAAAGUUUUAUGUUUCGAUUACAUGUAUAUAAAAGAUUCAGAGGUAACCAACAGAUCUCUGUAUGUUUUGUAUAUAGGGUAUAAUGCUAUAAUGUGUUUCACAUUUAAUGAUAUUCCACUUUGGGAAUUUUAGAGUUUGUAUAUAGAAAGCAGGUUUAACAAUUCACGUGGUUCUGCCUCCUAAUAUGAUUUAUCUUGUAUUGACCAUUUCUUAGAUAACGCUGUACAUUUUUUUUAUAAUAAAAUCAAAGUGAACACCUCUA